AUGGGCCGCGGCAGUGCAGCUCGGAUUUACGUGGGUUGGACUACGCAAGCAGCCUGGGCCGUGUCAGGUUGCGCCAUCGCCGCCUUGUCUUUGCCUCAUGGCGACAUGGGUCCACUCGGCACUUUGCGCGGCCUCAGCCUCUGCCAAGUGGUGGAUGUCGAGCGAUGGCGAGCUCAUCCCACCCCUGGUCGGCGCAGCUUCCCCACAUUCGCCUGCUCGCAUGGCGCAGCAUCCUCGCCUCGGCACCUCGACAUGCCGUGCUCGCUGACGCCUCCUUUUGCAGCGCCGCCAACAUCGCUCACAUUGAACCAAAGCCAAGCCCCGCAUUUGCUCGCGCUUGAGCGUCUGGAGCCCGAUGAUGGAACAGCCACCGAGCUCCAAGAAUCACUCUCAGUUCCCGUCUUUGCUUACAUCCCCUCCAUCACAACCAUGGCACCUGUCGCAGUGGAGCCUCGCCCCACCUCGCCCUCCGUGGCUUCGGGCUCGAAGGCCAACGGUAAGCGCUUUGCUGGCGCCUCGACCAACCGCGCGCACAACUACUCGUCCGAGCACUUUGACCUCGGCGCCCUGGCGACCGAAGACGACUACCCGUACAACGACUUCAAGCCGUCCUUUCCCAAGGUGCACUGGGACGCGUACGAGCCCAUUGAGCCGCCCACGGACCGCGGUCUGUUCGCCGACCCGGAGAAGAAGGCGCUGUUUGGCGCUGCCACGGCGGUCAAGGAUCUGACGCGCACCAUCGGUACCGAGCUCGAGGGCAUCAAGCUCGGCGAGCUCAGCGACAAGCAGAAGGACGAGCUGGCGCUGCUCGUGGCUGAACGAGGCGUGGUGUUCCUGCGUGGUCAGGAUGACUGGACCAUUGACCAGCAGCUCGAGCUCGGACGCUACUGGGGACCUCUGCACAAGCACGCCACCACGGGUGUGCCUGCUCGUGGCGACCUGGACGAGGUGCACGUGGUGUACGCGCACCCGACCUCGGACCCCAACGAGAAGGUGUACCGUGGGCCUGUGCAGCACUCGCGCGCCGACCUGUGGCACUCGGACGUCACGUACGAGGUGAACCCUCCGUCCUACACGAGCUUCAAGCUGCUCGUCUCGCCCGAGGCUGGUGGAGACACGCUGUGGGCUUCGGGCUACGCUGCAUAUGACCGCCUAUCGUACCCACUGCGUCAGUAUCUCGAGUCGCUCACUGCGAUCCACUCUGCAGUGGACCAGGCGGAGGGCGCGCGUCGAUACGGCAACACGGUGCGCCGCGAGCCGGUCGAGACCGAGCACCCGCUCGUGCGCGUCCACCCGGUGACCAAGCACAAGGCGCUCUUCUUCAACCCGGGCUUCGUCAAGUACAUCCCCGGCGUGCCCAAGGCCGAGUCGGACUACCUCGUCCAGUUCCUCACCAACCACGUCUCGUCGGCGAGCGACUUUAGCGUGCGCUUCAAGUGGAACGCAGGCGACGUGGCCAUCUGGGACAACCGCACCAACAUCCACUCGGCCAUCUACGAGGAUGUCGGCGUCUCCAGGAGGCACGCCGUCCGCGUCGCCGUGCGCGGAGAGAUCCCCACCGACAGCGAAGACGGCACCAGCCGCGAGGAGGAGUACUACAAGGCCAGGGGCUUCCGCGUCGACAGGAGCGUGCAGAAGGGCCAGCGCCGCCAGGCAGGCUACAAGGACUAG